GUCGAUGAUGAUUUGGAUCACAUGGUAGGAUGGGAUGAGUUCCUGACCAUGUAUCAGAGGUGCAUCUCCGACCAGACCGGCUUUGAGCCGCGAAACCUCUUUAACUUGGUCCAGUUUCUGAUGUACGACAAGGACUUCCACGGCAAGAUCAGCGUGGAACAGACCUUGCAAAUCAUCUACGUGCGACACGGCCGCAAAUACUUGGAUAAAGAGAUCGGGGAGAUCUUCGGCGAAGAGCAGAAAGGAUCGGAUGGGCAGGAGUUGAAGAUCACCUUCUCGCAGUUUGUGGCGAAAGCCAACAACAGACUGUAUGAAUUGCGGUGGAAAGCGAAAGAGAUUGCAUAUCCCAUAACAGCGAAAGGGCAGUGA